AUGCAUUUGCACGUCGUCUCCCUUUUUGCCACCGUCGUGGGCCUCGCCGCCGCCAAAUCCCUGAGCUUCGCCAUGGACAACUGGUCGGCGUACCCCUCGGUUCCCAAAACUGCGUCCAUCAACGGUUUUGCAGACCCCAUCUACGAAAAACUCCCCGAAUGCGCCAAACUGUGUGUUUCCAUGUCCGCCAGCAACUUGCCCUGUCCCUAUUGGGACACCGGCUGCUUGUGUGUGUGGUGGCCGUGGUCCCAAGUGGUGGCUCUGUGUAUUGCCAACGCUUGCCGGGGCGAAGAUGUGGCCAAGGCGACGUCUUUGGCGUAUUCUUUGUGCAACAGCGUUGGCGCCAGCGUGUGGAACAUGCCUUCUUCGGUUUCGUCGGCACUUUCGCUGGCGGCGAGCACUUUUCAGGUUUCGGCGUCCACCACAGGCAAAUCUCCAUGGUCAAAUUCGAAGAGCUUGUCUCUGAUUAUGGCCACAGCGAAAACUGAGGAUGCCACGAGGUCGGGGCCUGCUUCGAGCUCUUCCAACGGGGCGGCGAUUGUUGGGGGUGCUGAUUUUGGGGUGGUUUUGUUGGUGCUUUCGUUGUUGGGAUGA